AUUAAAAUGGCUUCAUGGGUCAAGGUAACCACAGAUCAAGCACCAAUGCCCAUUGCAGAAAAGAGGCAAAGACCCGGAUGGAUCCCACGACUUCUGGACAUAAAUCCCUACAAAACUGUUCAGAAGAGUACUUACUCGCCUCCAGACGGGUAUUCAAAGGAAUAUGAAGAUACUAACAGCUUUGAAGAACUAUUUGGACAGCAAUACCACCCAUCAACAGGGAAUGAAGAUAAGUACGAGAGAUAUCAGUAUUCUCAGAAAGAUGAUGAUUUCGCCAAGGAUAUUCAUCGGGAGAAGCUGUACUUGCAGUUCUAUCAACAGAUAGAAAAGGAGUUCAGUAAAGAUAGACCUUCGGACUGUGUCAUUGUCUCCAUCAGCAAGGAUCAAGCGGAAUACUCAACAGCCAUAGGCCAUCGGUUGCAGGAUCAUGGCCUUGUGGUGGAAAUGAUAUACCUUACAUCUGAAUCAGGUCUCACGCGUGCCCUCCAAGAAGUUAAAAAUGAUGGUUCCCCAUUUUGCGUUCUUGUUGAACCAUCCAAUGUAGCGCUUUGCUCUUGCACCGUAAUCAUGCUUCAUCAGUCUAUCAAAAUACACCGUAAUAUGCCCAUGGAAGAUGCACUGGCUCUGAUAGCUAAAGAGUUUGAGAACAUUUUUGCGGACCGCGAACAACAAGAACGCGCAGAGAUCUCACACAAAGCAGCUGAUCUGGCGGAUGACUACUUAGAACGAGAGCUCUGUGAGAGUUACCAUGUGCCACUAGGCAUUAGACAUCUCCUCUUUCUGUUAAGUGAGGGCAGACAUUUAUUUCUGGAAGAAUUGAAUUCAAUAAGUGACUACUUGAAGACCAGGAGAAAUAAGUUUGAAGGCUUCGUUCCAGAAGCUGUUCCUUUAGCGCCCGCAGUUGAAGAUGCUGCCUUCCCACCAAGUGCCAGGCCGAGCACCAGCGCCCUCCCGCAGACCUUGAGUAAACCUCCACCUCUUCUUCCGACGCCCGGACGGAAUCCGGCGAUGGGGCAGUCUGCCAUUGUACCUUCAGCUAAGCCUGCUUUGUUGGGUGAGAGGCCAUUGGGGGGUCUUCUUCCAACACCAGGCCCCAAAGGUAAACCACCGCCUCUUCUAACACAUUCUGCUAAGAGACCAAUCGCCUUGGGUCCUUCGGCACACCUGCCGGCCAAGCGGCCACUGCUUGGAAGACCUGGCCUGCUGCCGACACCAGCUCAGACAAGAUCAGCACAGCACCAUUGGGUACCCAAGCCGAAGUUUCUGGCUUGA